AUGGAGUCAGGGGACGAGAAGGAAAGGAAGCCGGUCCCAAAGUUCGCGAGCUUCAGGCCAAAGACAUCUCCGCCAGCUUCAUCCUCCGCCAAAGCAGAAGUACGUUCCUGCCACGAAAAGUAUAGAGUUUCUAGCAAGCAUGAACAGCUCAGGCAUGAAUCUAGGAGCUCGCAACAUAGGAGCCAUUCCAGUUUGCGGAAGGACGACCGGGAUCGUCAUGGUGAGCAUCGUUCUCGAAUUGGGAGAGAGAUAGAAUCAAUACCUACCAAACCUCCCGAAAUCGCCAAGCAGUUGGCAAAUAAAGGCGAUGAGCAGGAAUAUUUUUUCAUAGACAGAGGGGGCGACAAUUACAAUGUGACAUACGGCACUUUGCAUCACUACAGUAUUCCCGAAUAUUACCGCUCCGGCUCUGGAAGGAUUCUCGGACUCCCCACAAGUCACCGGAUUGAUCGCGACGAUGGGGACGCAAAUACUGUGGUAAUCGGGCACAGAGUGGCUGGCUACGACAGCUCAAAGCAGAAGUAUAGAGAAUUUCUUCGGAGGCAGACAAAAGGGGGAAUGAAGAUCCUUCGUGUAAGGCCUGAGCCGGAGAGUAUUCCUGCAAUUGACUCUCAAAAAGAUUUCUUGCCGCUAAAUUCUGGUGAACCCAGAAAGCGAAGGAAGCUCCAUGGUGGAAUGUUUUCUACGGAAUCAGAGUCUAAUGAUGACCCUAUUGUUGACUACAGAUCAGUCAGAGGGAAAUUCAAACCUUCUGAACAGCUCCCGGAGGAUUUGGAGGCCGUUUCAGAGUUAGAUUUAGCUUCUUAUGACGAGAAUGCCCGCAAGCUCAAUGAUGAACUAUCCAGGAAAGUUGAGGAACACCCAGAUGAUAUUGAUGGAUGGUUACAGCUCAUCCGCCAUCAGGAUUCUUUGGUUGGGUUUGCCAACAGUGAUGGACAGCGCAUACUCACUGCAGCAGAGAAGAGGAGCGUUGCAGAUAUCAAGAUAUCAAUGUACGAGAAAGCCCUGAAUAAAAUGCCGUUGAAAGCUCCUCGGGAUCGUCUUCUGCUCGGUAUGAUGGAAGAAGCGUCGAUACUCUACGACACCAAAACUCUCUCAAACAAGUGGAAAGACGUACUACAGGUGAACCCGGACUACACCAGUCUUUGGAUUAAAUACCUAGACAUCCAGCAGACUCGUUUCGUUAAUUUUACAUACGAGCAAUGUCGGUCGAUUUUCAUAGAUUGUUUGAGGAUCAACAGAACACGCAAAAAUAGCCCCGAGCCGAAUGUCAUCAAUAUAUAUCUUAUCCUUCGAUUGAGCUGCUUCAUGCGAGAGGCGGGGUUUGUAGAGCACGCUGUAGCGCUUUGGCAGGCAAUGCUGGAGUUUAACUUCUUCCAUCCCAAAUCGCUAGAUAUAACCAAAAAUGCAGCCACAUCCGCCUUUUGUGAAUUUUGGGACAGUGAGGUACCGAGGAUAGGGGAAGUCGGUGCUAGAGGCUGGGAUAGCGGAGAACGGUCAUCGCCCGACUCUAAGUCUGACCCCGCCAGCCGGGAAAUAGAUGAAAGGUCUAUUAUUGAAUCCUGGGAACAAAGUGAACGACAGCAGAUGCGUCAUUCACGGCUCCCGGCUCGUACUCUUGAUGAUGUCCAAGAAGACGAUCCCUAUCGGGUGAUACUGUCCUCGGAUAUCAAUGAUUUCCUUCUCCCUUUAUCAGACUUGCCCGAUUUGCUAAUUGGUGCCUUCAUGAUCUUCUGCGGCCUGCCACCCUUGGCAUUGUCUGAAAACGCGGAUAUCCUAGUUCAAUGGCGCAGAGAUCCAUUCAUACGCAAUAAUUUACUGGAUAAUUUGGAUGACCAGUCAUCAAAGUGGUUCUCGGAAGUUAUUCAUGGCCCAGAUGAGACCGUAAAGCCCAAAGCAAACAUGUUCCCUUUACCUACCUUUGCCAACAAUUUGGAUACAUUAUUUGGAAAUGAAAACUGGUUUUCAGAGCUCCGAACAUGGCAAGUAUCGUACAUGAAUGAUAUGAGUCCUGUCGAUGGUGAGUGGGUUCGGCGCACCCUGCGACACCUAGUUAAUCGCCUGCCUCAGCACGAUGAUCUUGCAGAAUAUUCUGUGGCGCUCGAGUUCACUUUCAAUCCCAAGGAGUCCAAAAAAUAUACGAAAGGCCUUCUGAAGAAGCGUUCAUCGAACCUGAAGCUAUAUAAUGCAUAUGCUCUGAUUGAAUUUCGCAGUGGCCAGAUAGCAACAGCGGAGCAUGUCUGGACCACAGCACUAUCGAUGAGCGGCACUUUCAAGGACGAGGAUAAAAUCUCUAGCAUAAUCUUAUGGCGAACUUGGAUCUGGGAAGUACUUGCAGACCACAACAACGACAGGGCAGUGCAAUUAUUGCUCGCGAUUUCAAAUGGUGCCACAGAUCUUAACAUCUUAGCGGAUGUCACGAAAUCCACCACAGUUAUCAGUCCAGCAGCAUUUUUGAAAACUCAGAUGUUUCUCAAGACAACACAAGAGUAUGGUCUCACAUCUCGGAACCCUAACAUAUUCGUCAACUCUGUCGAGUGUCAUGCCUUACUAGUUUAUUUCUCCGAGAAACUUGAUAUCGAAGCUUCAAUGAAUGUUUUUGGAACAGUUUAUUCCCGCCUCCUCGCACAUAGGCUAGAAAAUACGAUAUUCAAUGAGCUUCUCCUGCAGGCGAAAGUAAAACUGCUCUAUCACCACGCCACGGCAACAAGGUUAUUCAAACCCUCCAUCCUUCGCUCAAAAUUAACGGACGCCAUUUCACACUUCCCGCAAAACACCCUUUUCCUCAACCUCUUCAUGUGGAACGAGUCUCGGUUCCGGAUCGAAGAUCGCGUCCGCUCCAUAUUGCGCCAACACACCACUAACUCAAUGGCACAGCAUGAUGAAAGCAAAAGCUCCACAACUGAUUACUCGAUUCGAUCGACUCUCAUUGCCCAUCUCUUUUCCAUUUACGCUGAACUCCAUCGAGGCGUCUCAGCCGGCUCCACCGUCCAUUCUGCCCGUGCCGCCUUAGAAUCAGCCGUGACAUCCCCAUCCGGACAAUCCAGUGCUUCCACCUGGAAACUCUAUGUUCUUUUUGAACUUGCGUUGUUGCAGUGGGGGCGUGCACGAGAGGUUCUUUACCGGGCAAUACGUGCUUGUCCGUGGGCUAAGGAGUUAGUGUUACUUGCAUUUCGGGAGCGAGGGUUACGGGAGAAAAUGGGGAAGGAUGAGCUGAGGAAAGUGUGGAAUGUACUUGUUGAGAAGGAGUUGAGGGUUCAUGUGGAUUUGGAAGAGUGGUUUGAAGAGAACGGUGAAAGGGGUGGAAGGGGGGGAAGGGUUGGUGAGGCUAGGGAUCUGCCCUUUGAUAUACCUGAAGAUGUGAGUGAUGAAGAUGGUUGA